GUCGGGGAGGGGGGUGCCGAGGCCUCCCGGGGCGGCGCUCGGGCCGCUGUACAAAUAGGGCGGCUGCGGGUGGCCCGGGCAGACAUGCGGGUCCCGCUCCGCUCCGUGCCCGCGCUGGCGCUCUGCGCCUUAGCCCCGCUCCUCCUGGGCUGCGCUCCGACCCGGGCGCUCACUUGGGCACCGACCGGAGCGUCCACCGGGGCACUCACCUGGGCACCGACCGCAGCGUCCACCCGGGCGCUCACCUGGGCACCGGCCCGCGCCCCGCCGCGCUGUCCCCCGCUGAUGCUGCAGCUGCUCCGCGCCCCUCCCGCCCCGCUCCGCGCCGCCGCCGCCGCCGCUCUCAGCCUCUCCCCACACGGCUCCCUGCAGAACGGCUCCCGCUGGGCGCUCUCCUUCGACAUGUCCUCGCUGUCCAGCAGCCAGGAGGUGAGUCUGGCUCAGCUCCGCGUCCGCCUGCCCGGCCUCUCCCGCGCCCACAACGUCUCCCUGGACAUCUUCCACAGCCAGCGGCGCAGGUGCCGGCCAGACGGGGGCUGCGCCCACCAGCUCUUCCUGGGCACCGUGGCUGGCAGCCCCUCUGCCACCCAGGCCUCCUGGAAAGUCUUUGAGGUCACCAACCUGCUGCGGGCCUGGCUGCACCAAGCCGUGCCCGCUGGGCAGCGGAGCCCCGGGGGAAGGGGGCAGUGGGAGGAGAGCGGCUGGGCCGCCCCGGCAGAGCCCGGCCGCGGGGAGCCAGCCCUGCCCCAGGACGUGGCGGACAGCGUCCUGCUGCUCGUCUUCUCCAAGGACAAGUCCCCAGGGGAGCACAGCCUCAUCAGGACGGCGGAGACCUCCAAGUACAUCAUGCGCGACAGCGGCUCGCAGGGCGCGGGGCCGCGCCGGCAGCGCAGGAACCGGGCGGAGAGGCAGCGCAUCAAAGCGAGCGGCGGCGCCGCGGCCGCCCCGCGGGAGCAGCGCGGGCCGCUGUGCAGGAGGGUGGACAUGGUGGUGGAUUUCGAGCGGACGGGCUGGGGCAGCUGGAUCGUGUACCCCAAGAAGUACAACGCCUACCGCUGCGAGGGGCUGUGCCCCUCGCCCGUGGACGAGACCUUCAAGCCCACCAACCACGCCUACAUCCAGAGUUUGCUGCAGCUCUACAAGCCCAACCAGGUGCCGUGUCCCGCCUGCUCCCCGGUGAAGAUGAGCCCCCUCUCCAUGCUCUACUACGAGAGGGGCGAGAUGGUCGUCCGCCACCACGAGGACAUGAUCGUCGAGGAGUGUGGCUGCAACUGAGGCGCCCCGUACCCGCCAGGAAGGCGCACGUCUGUGCCCAGAAGUGCCUCGAGGACCCAGGAGCACAGAGCAGGGCGUCUCGGAAGCCCUGCGGGCUGGCACAGCCCCGGCUGGACCCGGGGACGAGCGGGUGCCCGGCAGCUCUGCUGCACUGCACGGCCACAGUGCCCGGCUGGAUCCGGGCUCCAUGUGGAAAAGGCCACCGGCCACCUCCCUGUGGCACCAGGGGCAGCUCUGGGGCGGCGGUGUGCCGUGUUUACCAAGGAGCUGGAGGCUGCCGUGUGUGGGACAGAGGCAGGAGCUGAGUGCAGGACUGGCUGCCACGACACGGCUCAAUGCUGCUUUUCCCAGCCAUGGGAAUAACCAGGAGUCCCAGGUCCUCAGGACCCCGCAGCUCCAGUGUCAGGCCAUGCUGAGCAUACACACCACUGGGAUUCUCCAUCUCCCCUGGGGCUUAGGCGUUUCUGCUGAGAAUUCUAUUGUAUUUCUAUUAAAACUGUCACAUCUCUGUGACA